AUGGAGAUAGUGGUACAUAGAGUCAUCAGUAGCACACACAAAGAAGAGGGGCUAAGCAGUGAUUAUAACACAAUUUUGAAAAAGCUCUGGCUGUGUCCGGUCACCUCUGGAGGUGUACGCUUCUCCGGCUGGGUCCAAAGGGGUUUGAGGGGCCAAUUGGCUCCUAAAACUACUCAAGCAUCAAUCUGUGCAACCCUCUGCACGUGCACUACAGUAUGUGGCACGGCACAAAGUAAGGUGGUGGACUUUCCCGCCGUCACUCGCAGACGCUAUCAAGACGGCGUUCAACACGCAGUGGUACUACUAAUAGCACCCGGCGCCCCAGCUCAAUACUUCACUUUGAAUGACUCCGAACAAGAGUAUCAGCCUCAUGUAGAGUCUGGAAACGCUCAUGCAGGAAAUUUGGACUUUAGCAUCCCAUCACCCUUGCGAACUCGUGCACCCAGGCCGUUCUUGGGAGGUGGACCAACCCUCGAAGAGACUCAAGACAACUCCGUGGGCCGUCCAAUGAUCUCUGGAUCCAUCCACAGCUCCACUGCUGAUACAGUUGUUCCCAUCUUGCAUCCAAAUGAGAGUGGAAGUCUAAGUCAAUUGCGAGUUGGCAGCAGACUUGAAGAUGAUGAGCUGAUGUGGGAAGAAGGUCAAAAUUUCACGGCUGGGUCAGCGGAGGAGGAUAUCCCGUUGGGAACAUCUGGGCGUCCUCGGAAAGGGUCUUACCUACCCAUACCUCACACCAGAGAGGUCAAGAGGAAGGGCUUCGAGACGUUCACUGAUGAUGAUAGUGAGCCUGCGCAGAGCCCUGAUAAUGAUAGUAGUUUUAAUGAGAGAUGGGAGAAGCCAAAGGGUGGAAAGCAGCCUCACCCACAUGGGGGGUAUAUGUACGAGGCGGAACAAUCUCAAGUCCAGUCCAUUUCACGAGGCAGAAGAGUAGCUUCACCGUUGCGUGCAACUAAGGGGGGCCAAUCCAGCAUGAUGUUAUCAUGUGCUUGGGUUAUGGGUAAGGAAGGUCUACUCAAGUAUGUAGCCGGCUCCUUCACAGCCGGAGGAUUGUUACUGAGCUUUCAGUCAGGGGAUCAAGUCAAGAUCUCACUCGAGGUGUGA